UUCGUUCGGUGCAAAGAAAAGUGGAGGUCAGAGGGAGUUAAUUGUGACGAUGAAUAAGCUGACCAGAAAAUGGCGAAAAUCUCAUGAAGACGACGACUUCUCUCUUCCUACUCACGAUGAUACUCGUCCCAUGGACACCCAAGAACAGGAGGAGUUGAUUCGAUCGUUAGAAAAGACUCAAUCUCAACAGAGUCGUCUAUGGAGGCGUCUGUUCGCAGCAAUUCUCUUUUGUUUUGCGCUAUUUCUUGUGUACUCCAUCUUCCAGCAGGCUUCAUCUCCAUGGGAACUGAGGUAUCAUGCUUACUUCAUGGAGGAGGUGGACUCGUGGAUGAUUAUAUCUGCAGAUUGGCUAGCUGUUUUAGCAUGUUCAUUGGCCAUCAUAGGGCUACUUCAUAACUCGAAGCAUCAUAGGCAAUGGAUGUGGUACUCGUGCUUUGCUGGCAUUAUAUUGGCAGUUUUCUGGUUAUAUUACAUGUUGAGAUUGUCAAAGUUCCGGUGGGAUGUUAUCUGGCUUCCAUUCGGGCCUGUUAGUGGAGCUGGAAUGUGUUUGUACGUGGAUCAUCUACUGUCGGAGUCAUCAGAAGAAAUUAGAAAGCUUCGAGGCUAUAUGUAUGCUUAUAAAGCCAUUUGAAAGGGAAUUGCGGUUGCUGUAGUGGAGUUUGAGCUAGAUUUUCAAAGAGAUACGGGAAAAGACUGAAGGAGUGAAGGACAUGGCUCCAGUGAUGUGUGAUGUUAUAUUAAGUUUUUGAUGUGGAUGUACUAAAUUCUGAAUGAAGCAACAAACCCCAAUUUAGUAUUUAAAAGCAAAUACAGAAUUGAUUAAUUAGAUGUA